AUGUAUGUAUUUUUCAUGGAGCUGUAUGCCACUCUUGAACCAACAGUGGAGCUUGAGAAAGCUUAUGUGAGGGAUGCUAUUUUCUCAUCAUCUGGAUACGCAACUGAGUGUCUUAAGCUCACCCAUUUUGAAACUUCGGCUUCUACGCUCAAAGGCACUAUGCCUGGCACUCAUUGCUUUGCAUAUACAUCUAAAAUGGGCUGCCUUUAUGCCAUAAAUCAUCUGGUCACCUAUGGGGUGCUCGCCAUUGUUGAGUCUCGAGCUUCUGCAGCUUCACCUGCUUUUACCUCUGCUGCAGUAGUGCCACCUGAUUUCAAAGGGAAGACAAUGAUGACGCCGAAUGGGUUUCAAGGUUGUCGAACAUGGAGGCAACAGAUGAGCUUGCCAGCUCCAUGA